UCAUCAACCGCUUGCGCCGCGUUCAGUCUGUAGAAAGCCAUCGGCCGGUCAAGCGUCUAGUCCCCGCAAAUUUCUCGUUCCGCUCAGAAUUUCUUUCUUGUUAGCCAAGCUCCGUGGUGUGAGUGAAAAAGUUUAACUUCUGCUCUGCCUCUUUGUGUUCCGAAUUCGGAAGAAAAUCCCCGGAAAUCGAAUUCAAUCUCGUUUUGCGUAAAAGCAUCUGAAGUUCCGGAAGAUCUGCGACUUCGGGUAUCGAUUUUUGAGUCCGGUUUCUCUCGAGAGUGUGUGGUAGUUAAGUGUUGAACGGAUUUUUCCCCGUGAGUGCGUUAGCAACCAAGCAAGCAAGAAAAAAAGAUGGCAGCCGUUAGCUUCGACGAGAAAGUCCUUGCCGCAAAGAAGAUUAUUUGCGACAUCGAGGGUACAACCUCUUCCAUCAGCUUCGUGAAGGAUGUACUAUUCCCUUACGCGCUGAAACACGUCGAAGAAUACCUCAAGAACCACUGGAGCGAGGAUGCGACAAAAACGGUUGUUGCUGCUCUGCGCGAACAAGCCGACGAGGACAAGAAAGCCGAGGUCGAAGGUGUAGUGACCAUUCCAGCUGGAGACUCCGAAGACAUCAUCCCAGACGUUGUCAAGAACGUUGAAUGGCAAAUGUCCCAGGACCGUAAGACCGGUGCGCUGAAAACUUUGCAGGGUCUGGUCUGGGCCAAGGGCUACAAAGAUGGAACUAUCAAGGGACACGUCUACGAAGAUGUCAAGAAAGCCUUGGAACAGUGGAACGAGAGUGGUCGCAAAGUCUACAUCUAUUCGAGCGGAAGCGUCGACGCACAGAAACUGCUUUUUGAGCACAGCGAACAGGGCGAUCUGAUCAAAUAUGUUGCUGGGUAUUACGAUACCAAAAUCGGCGCCAAGCAGGAAAAGAACAGCUACGAAGCCAUCCUGAAGAACAUCGAGGCCACCGGCGAAGAAGCUCUCUUUUUGACCGACGUUGUAGCCGAGGCCAAGGCUGCCAAGGACGCUGGUUUGAAUGUGGUUGUCCUGGACAGACCCGGCAAUGCCGAGUUGUCCGAGGAAGAUCGCAAAGAAUUCACCGUCAUCUCAUCCUUCACCGAUCUCCCAAUCGAAUCGGUUAAAUCGACCGAAACCGAAAAUGGCGCCGAAAAGGAAACGGUAACCGAAUCCACGGAGAAGGUUGCCGACGAAUCGGAAAAAGAAACCGAAACGGAAACCGCUGCCGCCGAAACCGAAAAUGGUGCCGAAGCGGAAAACGGAGCCAGCAAGCGCAAAAUUGACGAAACUGCCCAAGACGACGAAGCUCAGCGUCCCUCGAAGGUCGUCAAGGUUGACCAAAAUGGAGACAGCCCUGCUGUUGAUGGUGCUAAGCAAAAUGGUGACUCAGCGGAGGAGCCAGCUACUCUUUCGGAAACCAACGGCAAGUCAACUGGUGAAGACGCGAUGGACGUUGAUGCUGAAAUGACCGAUGUUGAGUCGUCGUCAACUACCAAGGCAGCUGAAGCAGAAACUGGGAAAGUAACGGAAAAGACUGAAACUGAAGAAUCUCCCAAGGAGAAGGAAACUGAGAUGGAAGCAGAGGCGGAAGUCAGUAAGACUGAUGAGAAAGAAGAUACCAAACAGCAGGGAGAGUCGGUAACGGAUGGGGAGGACAAAAAGGGGGAUGUAAUCAACAAAAAUGCUGAAGAUGACAUUAAGGUAGAAGAGGAGAAGAACAAGGAGGAAGAAUCGGCACCGCCACCUAAGAAGGCCAAGAUCGAAGAGGACAAAAUGGACGUGGACGAGGAGGACAGUGCUGUUAUUGAAAAGAAGGCAGAUAAUGUGGACGAGAAACCCGUUGAGUCCACCACUGAUGAGGUCGCAAAAAAAGAAGAAAACUUAGUGGAAACCCCUGUAGACACUGCCAAACCUGAAGUAACCACAUCAGAAAUCGCAGUUACGGAUGAAACCAAGGAAGCACCAUCGGAUGCAGCCAAGGAAGAAUCCGUAACAAGUACUAGCAAGACUGAAGAAGAGAAAUCUGACGAUCUUGUACCAACUACAACUUCAGAACAAACAGUAGAAAAGUCAUCUGCGGAAAAGACUGAAUCCAAGAGCGAAGAGGAAACUGAUAGCGGAACGAGUGAAAAGAAGGUGGAAGAUAAAUCGGCUAACAACGAGGAAGAACAGAAAGAACCAAAGGAAUCCGUAGUUGCUGAGAAGAAAGAAGAAGAAAUAAAGGUCAAAACAGCGGAUGAGGAAACAAAAUCGAUGGAAACCGACGAGGUAACUGUUGAGAAAUCGAAUACAAAGGAAGUCAAGGAUGAUAACGAACAGAUACCAGAUUCUAAAGCUGACCAAGAUUUCAAUGCAAAGGAAGCAGCUAAGGAGACAGUUUCUGAGGAAUUGGAAGUCAAAGCAGAUGCCAUUGUACCGGCUGAUGAGUCAAAGCCAAAAGCACAAAACGACGAAACAAAAGAGAAGGUAACAAAGGCCGAAGAAGUGACGAAGACUGCGGAAACGAAAACAGAAGAAGAAGAAGCUAAGAAAACAGAAGAAGAUGCCAAGAAAACAGAAGAAGAUGCCAAGAAAACAGAAAAAGAAGUCAAGAAAACCGAUGAAGAAAUGCCAACUGAAGAAAUCAAGAUGAAGGAUGAACCAACGGUACCGGAAAAAUCCAAAUCGGUUGAUGAACCAAUGGCAACGGAAGAAUCUGUUGCAACAAAAGAGGAAACUCUGGCUGAAGAAACAUCUGCAACGACAGAGGCACAGGCCACGAAAGAAGACGAAAAACCGGUAGAUACGAAAACUAAUGAAAAUGACAAGACAACGCCAGAGGUUAAAGCAACAGAAGAAAAAACAGAUGAUGCCAAGUCAACUGAAGUAGCAACGGCGACUGAAGAAGAUAAGGAAAUGAAAGAAGCAAACUCUGCAGAAGAAUCUGUAGAAACAAAAGAGAAGAAGACUGAAGAAACGCAUACAACAGAUGAAGAUAAGCCGAAAGAAUCUGAUGUUGCCAAACCAGACGUUGUUGAGAAGCAAGAAGAGAAAAUGGAAACCUCGGAACAAGUCGACGAAACUAAAGGCGUCGAAGCAACUACGGCUGGUCCGGUAGAAGAAGUUGCUGUUGAAGCCACGGAAGAAGACGUUGCCAUGGAAGCCGAAUCAUCUGACGCUGUCAAGGAAGAAACCAAAACAGAAGAACCCAAAUCAAAAGUAGAUAAGCUUGACUCAGAAGCCAUGGAAGUGGAUUCUGCUUCCACCAGUCAAAACGAAGCCAAGAAUGAAUCCGUCAAACCCGCUGAAACCGCAGCAGUAGAAGAAAGUAAAACAGAAUCAGAUGUGGUGUCGACCACCAGCACCGAUGAAGUGAAAGAAAAUGGAACGUCCGAAAAAGUCAACACCAAGGAAGAAUCGCGUGUUCCAGAGAAUGGAGAAGCAGAUUCCAAAGUAACGACGAAUGGUAAUCACGACGAAAAAGCCGAUAGCGACAAGGAAAACGACACAUCCGCCAGUAAUAUUGAGGAAGCGAGUUCAGCAACCACCACCACUACAAACGGUACUAGCACUGAGAGUGACAGCAGUUCCACCACCCCCUCGUCCGAGACGGUAGCGGAAAUCAAAUCGAAGAAAGCGACUGAUGCAGUCGCAGAUUCAGCGACACCUUCGGUUGAAACCGAAUCGUAAAUCGUUUGAUUUUUAGAUUGUACACCUUUUCGGUUAAUAAGUAGGUAAAAAGUGCGUAUCGAUGCUCCCCCAACGAGCAGGAGACGACAUUCGACAUGCUUAAGAAAUUUUUAUAUAAAUAUUUAUAUUAGCAGGACAUACAACAAAACUCAAAACUUUUCUAAUGCUCCAGCAAAUAUUCGUUUCUGUUUUCGUUGUCUCUGUAUUCAUUAGUAUUGAGAAUUUUCGAACUACUAAGUGAUUAACCAAGAGAAAAACAUCUACUCAAUGUCAUCCUAAACGAAUAUAGACAUACAUUGCCGUACACUAACACUCAGAAUAUAUGCAACUCUCUCAACACAAUAGUCGUUAAGGCUAAUAGAAUCAGUCUUAGUUCUUGACCAUGUGAAAAAUGAACAAUGUGUGACUAUCUAGUUGUGAUGUUGUUUUUUUUUGUAUUGAAAGUACCGUUUUGUAAUUACUAUAUUUUUACCAAAUAAAAAGUGCAUUUGCCAACUAAGACUAUAUUGGAAGCUUUGACAAGCAUACAAGGAACGUGAUUGAUCGUUUUGCAUAUCGGUUGACACAGACUUUCCAAAAGCACAAGGAAACACUUCACUGCAUUUAUACACGUCUUCCCACGGAACGGAGCACAAGGCACAACCGAAAAAGACUAACCAGAAACAUAGUUCCUCAAACUAGUAAUAGAGACUAACUGAGAAGUAGUUUGUUCUUGAUUAUGGAAGACGACCACGACGACCGAUGAUCGUGUUCAUCAAUCUGAAUCAGUUUCCUUGUAUGCUCACACAUUCUGAAUGCAAGCAACCAAUCACAUCCAACGGAUAGACUGCCAAACAAUUAUUGUUAGUUCAACAUGAUCCUCCUUCCGCAUCCUGCAGAAUUUUCUAUAUAAAUAAAAUGAACGGUUCAGUAUUAUCUUGUCGCUUCCUGAUACAACACAUACUGCAACUAAUUUACUGGUCAGUUUGUUCUAGCGUGAGAUACCUUCGAGAUGCGUCAAAUGUGAAACAUGAAGGCACUCUCAUUUUCAUUGUUUUCAAUUUCUUAAUGUUUUCAUUAUUAUGUUAGAAAUAUAAACGGUGGAGAGAAUGAGAAUGCGACAUAUUGGUUCUCACGUAAGUAUCAACACGCGUAGUUUCUUGGAAAACAUUUAUGUAAGCCGGGUUAAGAAUUAUUCAUGUUUUCCAUGUAAAACAAAAAAAAAGUGAAAUUAUGAAACUCAGCUUCAAGCGAAGUUGUAUGUCAAUGGUAAACAUACAAAAUAUAAAGAUAUUCAAAUAAAAGGGAAAGACUACAUACAGAAUAACGUAAGGAUGGAAAUAAACUAACCAAUAAUAUUUUAGGAAUUAUUUAAA